AUGCUUUCCAAUGAAACGAAUCCAUUAUUAUGGCCAUGUCUUCGUUCAAUACGUUUUAUUACAUGGAGUGUUCCAUGUAAUUUAUGCCGUUUAGGUGGUUUAAUCAUUUUAACUAUAUCAAUUCUUUGUUUUAUAUUUAAUAUACGUGUUUUAUGUUUUCAACGAUGUCAAAAUAGUCUUGUUAUUUCAUUAUUCUUAGCAUCUCUUCUGGUUAUAACUAUAAGUGUUCCAGGUGUACUUGUCCAAUUAUUUACAUGUCAUCGUCAUUGUAUAAAUAUGUAUUGUCGUAUUGAAGGUUUCGUCUCCUAUUUAUCUGGUUGUUUAUGCAUGUUAAUUUUUACGAUAUUAUCAAUUCAUCGAUAUUUAUCUUUAUGUUCGUAUGAUCGUUUUUUAUCAUAUCGAUGUUCAACAUUGAUUUCUUGGUUUUUAAGUAUUGCAUUUACAUUUCCAUUAAUGUUUGGUUAUUUAAAUUCUUAUUUACCUGAAGGACUUGGUUUUCAUUGUAGCAUUAAUUGGAAAGAUAAAUCAAAUUUAGGUCGUUUAUAUAUACUUUCAUCGUUUGUUCUCAUGUAUCUAUUGCCAUUAGUUAUUCUUCUUUUUGUUAAUAUUCGAACUCAUUUACUUGUUCGAAAUAUUUAUUCAAAAAAUUGUUUAAAUUCAUCAUUUUCAAGAUAUGUCUAUCGAAGAUGUUCAAUAAGAUUAAAUCGACAAGGAAAUGAUUAUGAUAAAAUCUAUGUUCAUAAAUAUUGUGUACGGAAAGCUACGGAUCUAAAACGUUUUCGUAUGGAUUAUCGAUUUUUACGAGCUAUUGUAUUUCUUGUUAGUAGUUAUUUAAUUGCAUGGACACCUUAUUCAAUAAUUGCAGUUUUACAAUUAUUAGAUAUAAAAUUUAUUUUUCAACAUGCUUUUUUAAUAACACUAUGUGCUUUUAUUGCCAAAUUAUCAGUUAUUUUAACACCAUUUGUAUAUUUAAGUAUUAUGAAUUACAAAUUUUUAAAAAAAAUUUUAUUCAAAUAA